UCUGCUCGACUCGCUCUCUUCUAGUUUCAAUAAUAACACUGAUGAAGCUCUAGAGCCCAAACGCUGCUCUGCUUGUCUCGCUCUCUUCUUACCUGCAAUUAGUCUCAGAGACAGACAGAUAGACAGACACCCAGUAAGACAGACAGACACACAGACAGGCAGAGACACACGCAGACAGACACGUUGCUUGUGUUCUGCUGAGGCAGGUGGAAGCGAAUGCUUCAGAGAGUAUUAAUAAGGGAUUAUAAUCUCAGAGAGGAGUCUGACUCACUCACAAGGUAUUCCUGGAGCCUGAGGAGCACAGCAGGAGCGUUAUCCACAAGACUGAAUAUUAUUAAUAAUAACAAAUAUAAUAAUAAUAAUAACUUCAAUCAGUCAAUGAGAAUGGAUAAUUAGAUUAUCUAAUUACUACUACUAAUAAUAAUAACACUAAUGAUAAUAAUGAUGAGAUAUUAUUUACAGAAAUAUGAAUACUAUUACUCAUAAUAACUACAGGACAGUUACACUUUAUAAAUAAAUGAUAUAAUUCAUAAAGAAGAGGAAGAGGAGGAGGAAGGAGAAUCUCAAACAGCAUCUCAAGAUAAGUUGGCUUUUCAGCGGCGACCUGCAACCAAGGCCGAUGUUCCCUGUGUCUCUCUUCUCCUCCUCCCCGCCGCUCCCCUCGCCCCGCUCCGCGGAGAACUCUGUGAUGGAGACUCUGAUGUCAGAGCUUGGCUCGAUGCUCAAGCGCUCGGAGAGGCUGCAGCUGGACCGUGCAGCCGAGGGGAGGAGACCCCGCUCCAGCGUGGAUUACACCUGGCUCGCCGUCACCCCCAAACCAGCCUUCCAGCUCAGCCCCGGGGAGACACUGGAACUGCAGGAUUUGUGCACCAAAAUACAACCCUCCCAGUGCGGGCCCAUCCUACUGAGGUUCCGGAAGCUGGUGAGGGAGUUCGAGCCACACGUUCACGAGGUGCCUCGGAUUUUCCGCACCGUGCUGUGCGACUCCCUGGACGAGGAGCCCGGGAGGGAGGAGGAGCGGCGCCUGGAACAGCGAGGCUGGGACAAGCAGCGCUCCAACAGCCUGUCAGUCAUGACCUUCAAGUCCCGCCUCCGCAUCAACCCCUUCCGAAACCCCGCCCCCUCCGGCUCCGCCCCCGACGAGGACAGCGAGGAGGAGACGGGGCUGGGCGGGGCCAGGCGGGUCCGCAGCAUGCCAGAGAUGACCCCAUGCGAGCAGACCAGGGGCCUCUAACGAGGG